AUGUCUCCAAAUCAGGUUGCGCAAAUCGCAUCACCCCUACUCAGGCUCCCUGCUGAGGUCCGCAUUGCCAUAUACGAACUAUUAGACUUUCCGCCUGUCGACAACGAGCAAUGCCGCGGACUGAUUCUUUCCUGUCGGCAAGCAAAGUACGAGUGCGAAGGAGAGUCGAUCCGCAAGACAAAAGCGUGGCUGCUGUCGUACAAUCGGGACGUCCUUUCACAAAGCGAGCUUGGAGUGCGUAUCCUACUUCCUGUCGUAACACAAACGCCUAUCGAAAUGCACGCCAAAUUCCACACCCUCCGUGACUUGACACUGGUGGUUCCUGGCCAUAAAUACCAUGAUUGCGCGUACCUGGACCCAAGUUUCUACAAGAGCUUGCGAUCUUUGAAUGCCAUUUUCAGCUUAUGGUUGGACAGUUUGACGUUGCACUUCUCGGGCCCAGUAGGAACAAACGCCCGAGGAACCAGUAUGUAUCCGCAUGUUAGUAAGAGCUUCAAACGCCUCAUCUUCGUUCUGGAGAGCGGCUUUAUGUAUGCGCACGAUCCUGUCGGUCAGAGAGACACCCUCAAACUCAACAAGUACCGGUCUAUGGUGAAGCACUGGCAGCCGCAGCCAGCUUUCAUCAAGAAGCUAGUGGUUUCGUGGGAUUUGACCGAGGAGGGUUUGCACAGCGAAGCUCUUUUGGCGGUAGACUGCCAUUGCAGAAAGCGUGCAACGGCGCCAUGUCUUGGAUGGCGAAGAUAUCACGUCGUCGUCCGUGAAGAUGACCUCCUCGGUUCAGAAUCAAGAGAAUCAUUCUGUCGAUUUCGCCCCUCGGAUCUCGAAAACCGCGAAGAUCGUAUAGCGGGCCCGGAUAGCGAACACAAAAAGCAAUACCUCAAGUGUGGAGAAUGUGGUUGGGAGUACCAUCGCUACAUCCGAGGCUUGCCGGUUGAUGAUGACGAACGCUGGCUUUGA